AUGGGAAAUGAAUCAUCAAAAAAUGAAACAUAGGAUUCUUCUGAAUUACUCUUAAGUAUAUUUUCUAAUCACAUCAGGCCAACAUACAAAGACGAUUGAGUCAUCUUAGGUUGAAAAUUCUAACAUAUUUGUUUAUGAAAACAAAAUAAAAUAUUGUUUUCUUUCAUGUAAUUGUUUUGGUUUGAUAAAAACUCAAAUAGUUGAGAUAUAACUUUCUUGGAUUAAUUAUACCUUAAGAAAAUUAAAUAGAAGUCAAUAUAAACAUUAAGCAUGGUCAGAUCUUAUAAAAUAAAGAUUGCAUAAUAUAGAUUUAAAUAAUUUUGAAGAUCAACAAGCAAUUUAUUUAAACAACGUAAGAAUGAUUAUAAGUAAUUACGAAACAAAUCCUUUGAUUUAUAAAAACAAAAUUUCAAAUCAAUUUGAAGAUACAGAAAUUUCGAAAAUUAACAUUUUUGAGUAUUAUGAGGAAGAAGUCAAUACUAUUUUUGAAGAUAGAAAAAAAUCGGGUAUAAUUGAAAAAAAAUUCUUUAGAGAAGUUAUGGGAGCUAUUAAUUAAUAAAUUAAAGUAACUGGGCAUCCUUGUGGAUUGAUCUUACAAACAUUUUAAAAUUAUAUCAUAAAUUAUACUGGACCUUAAGUUUGGUUUAGAGAUUCAUUCAAAAGAGAUAAAUAUAAAGAUCAAUUAGUUAAAAGCACAGAACUUUGUGACGAAAUAAUUGAAUUUCUUAAAUUCUUUGUCAAUUGCAUAGAGAGUUAUUAUAUGAUUGAUAAGUUUGUCUAAUCAACUCAUCUAUUAAAUUGUUUUACUAGCACAAAUAACAUAGCAUUUGUAAUUAACAUACUGUUUUUGGAUGAAAGAAUAUAUCUCAAAAUUUUGAAGAGUUUUUCUGAGCUCUAUUCUUUUGAAAAUUAUCAAUAUUAAUUGAGCUUGAAAAUUUUAAAAUAGAAUACAAUUACUGAUUUUGAUGUAAAUUUGUAAUUAUAAUUGAACUUUCAACCUUAAAUGUCAUAUGAAAUUUAAUAAGAUAAUUUAAAAGGUAAUCCAUCAAUCUAAUAUUCUGAUUAUGAAGAUUUUAAUUAGCCAUAUUAAUCAGCAAUCAACAUGUUAAAAUAAUUGGAGCAGGUGCAAUCACCAGCAAAUUAAUUGAAAAUUAUCUCUAAAACUUUUAAAUAAAUUAAUUUUUGCAUAAGUGAUUAUUAUGAAAAACAUCCUGAACUUGAAGCUUUAAAGAGCUAUGGUACCGAUGAUAUUGUUCCUAUAUUAACAUAUAUCAUCGUUAAAUGCAACAUACAAAACUUUGGCAUAAUUUUAAAAGUAUUAUAUAAUAUUGAAUCAGAUUAUCGAAGCCUUUACACCAAAAUAAAUUAUGACUGGAAUACUUGGAUAUUAUUUAGUUACAACAAUGGGAUGUUAUUAGAGAAUUUCAUAAUUUGAAAAAUCUUAGUAAAUUAGACAAACCCUAUAAAAGGCAAAAUCUGAGAUUGAAAGUGUGAAUCUCAAUUAAUUUUAAACAAAAGUUCUUAGUUCUGAUUAACUGAAAUCUGACAUUAUUAAGGCUUAAGUUAUUUAUAAAUGA